AUGGAUAAGAGUUUAAGACAUUUUGCUUAUUAUGCUGCAUUGAUAUUAGUUAUAGAAGGUUCAGAUCUUCCUUAUUUAAUCGAAGUCAUUAAUGAAAUAUUUGUUAAUGACAAUGGAUUUUACUUGAAAAUUAUCAUUCAAAGUCUAUUUAUUCGACAACCUUCAAAUCCAACAAUUGUUCGACAAAUUUUCAUUAGUCUACAUAAAAAUAUUCGUUAUUUUACACAACCUUCUGUUUGGACUAAUUGUAAAGAGAUAUUAGAAUUAAUAUUUACUUUAGAAAUCGAACAAAUAACUUCAAACAUUCAAAAUACAUCUAUUAAAAUAACUAAAUCAUAUUUAAUGAUGAUUCAAAAUUGUACUGAAGAUUUGGAAGUUUUUCUUAAACAAUAUUUAAUUGAAUUUAUCAAUGUAGAAAAUAAUUUUCAGCAUAAUAUUAAAGAAGAACAUAUUGCAGUGAUUGCCAAAUGGAUAAUCGAAAUGUCAAUUGGUCUUUUUAAUCCAAUUAAAUUUUCGAUUUUUACAUUUAUUCAUAAUCAACAAUUUCCUCGAGUUCAAAAUGCAACUUUUAAGGCUCUGAAUUCGAUAUUUAUUUAUCAUCUUCCACGAAAAGAACAUAUUAUAUAA